UGGGGUCAAUUGAAAUGUAAUAACAUAUCUGGCACUGAAUGUACGUUUGUUUUAUCACAACAGAGUGAAACAAAAUCAAUAAGCAACAUAAAAGAAAACAAAGUAAAACUUCUGGGUUAAAUUUGAACAACAGAGACACAAUGGCUCAGAAUUUUCAGGGAGUGCAAUCUCCUACUUCCAAGAGUAAUAAUGGUAACGCAACGGAGAAUGUUACACCCGAAAGUGAAUUUGAAGGAUUCCACAACUAUACGGCGGCUGAAGUCUUUAUCCAAGGAUUGGCUGGUUUAGUCAAUCAAGGAGAUGUAGAAACUAUGAUAAGAGCGCAAAAGCAAAUGCUACAGCGGUUUGAAAAAACGAAUGAAAUGAUGUUAAACUGUAACCAGUUAUCACAAAGUCGUCUUAAAAAUGCGAAUGAUGAUUUCAAAAAACAUGUAAAAUUACUAACUGAAAUGAAAAAGGAUCUGGAUUAUAUUUUUAGGAAAGUGCGUUCCAUAAAACAAAAGCUAAGCCAACAGUAUCCCUUAGACUACGCCGAGGCCCAGCCUCAGCGAAGCAGUUUAGCAGAGGAAGCAGAAGAUGAGACAGAGGCAAAGGGUGCCAAAUCGAAUGUAGAGAAAAAAAGUGUAGAAUGUUGUACUAAUGUUGAGGACACAUCUUCGAAAACCAAUAGAGAUUCUUUAAAUAAAAGCACCACAGUGGAAUAUGUGCAAAUGGAAGAAGCCGUCGACAAUGGCAAACCCAUUGAAAACGAGUUAAUUAAACGUGUAUGCUCAAUUGAAACCACGAACCCCAAUGACUCUUCAGACGCUACAUCUGAGGACACUGGCUAGGCAAUACUUAAAGUCUAUAUAUGUAAUUUAGUAUUAAAUUAAUAUAUUUUAUUUAAAAUUAGAAUAAACAAUAUACAUGAUGUAUAAGUACAUAAAA